ACUAGCCAGUUUGGCACCUCUGCCGGAUUGUUGUUACGCGAGCGAUUUUUUAGUUUUUAUUUCUAGUUAAAUUUAUCAAAGAAAUUGUCUAGAAUGUUGGCUCUACGCAGCGCCCCGAGGUUGAGCUUUCGUUCCCUGCUGCCGGCUGCCUACAAAAACGUGGGAUUGGCCAGCUACUCCUCACAGUCCAAAAACGACGAUGGCUACUCCUCCUCGGAUGACGAGAAGCCCACAAAGAAGAAGGAUAAGCCUGCGGAGACGGCGGCUCAGCGUUUGAACCGUCUGCUGGGCACCAUGCAGGCCACAGAUCAGCUUUCUCCAGCGGACUUUCCACGUCCUGGCGAUGCCACUCGUCGGCGCAGGGAGGCCCAGAAACAGGAGGCAGCGUCCAAGAAUGUCCUCACUGCAGCAAAGAACAUUGCCAGCAUGCUGGGCACCAGUGAGAGCGACAAGAAGCAGACCGAGUCGGAGCUGCUGGCUAAGCUCCUGGGACACGGCAGCGAAUCUGCCCCAGCAACGUCGGGGGAGGAUCAGGCGGCAAAUGCUACAGCAGUUCCAGCUGUCGAAAAGGAUCUCAACCUCAGCGAGCUGAUUGUAGGCAUGAAGAUCGAUCGUCGCCAGCAGCCGCAGCAGCUGGAGCAGACUCGCGGCGAGUACGUUCGCCGUUCGUUGGCCUCCCGAGCAACGUCGCAGUCGCGGGAUCGCCACCAACAGCAGCGCCCGCAGAGGCACAUUAAGCGCGAGGCUGAAUCCUUUACGGGCAGCGUCAAUUUGUAUGGCGGCGAGCCGCUCGGAAUCUUCAAGGAGGACGCCCAACAGCUACCCAUCUCCAACGACAUUCUGACCACCUGGUCGCACCUAAAUCAGCGGGAACUAAGCCUGCAAGCUGCCCAUCCGCCGGCCAACUACUUCGAGCAGAUGGUUCUGUGGACGGACCAAGGCAAGGUCUGGCGCUUUCCCAUCGACAAUGAGCAGGACUGGUCGGACGAGGACGUGAACGUCGACUUCUCGGAGCACAUUUUCCUCGAACAGCACCUCGAGGGGUGGUGUCCCAACCAGGGACCCAUUCGCCACUUCAUGGAACUGGUUUGUGUGGGUCUGUCCAAGAAUCCCUAUGUGACGGCGCAGGAGAAAAAGGAUCAUAUUCUGUGGUUCCGCGAUUACUUCGAGGCCAAGAAGGACAUACUCAAGGAUCUGAUAGCCAAGGAGCCGAAGAGCAAAAGUAUUUCCGCUUAAAGUCUAUGUUUUUGAAUAUUUGUUAAAAAUAUAUUUUUGCUUUAUAA